GUUCAUCCGGGAACUUCAACGAACUGCUUCUCCAACAUGGCGGCGUCAGCUAAAAAGAAGAAUAAGAAGGGCAAGACCCUCACGCUCAACGACUUCCUGGCAGAGGAUGGUGGAGGUGGCACUCCUGCUCCUCCCAGUUACCCAGCCAAGUCCACAAACUGGGCUGAUGAGACUGAUGACCUGGACGGAGAUGUGGCUACAUCGUGGCACACCGAGGAGGAUACGUACAGGGCUCCUCCCAUCGACCGCUCCAUCCUGCCUACGGCCCCUCGAUCGGCUCGUGAGCCCAACAUCGACCGCUCCAGGCUGCCGCGCAGCCCACCCUACACCGCCUUCCUGGGAAACCUGCCCUAUGAUGUCACAGAGGACUCGAUAAAAGACUUCUUCCGUGGCUUGGCGAUCAGCGCUGUGCGUCUGCCUCGAGAGCUCAGUAAUCCAGAGAGGCUGAAGGGCUUCGGGUAUGCCGAGUUUGAUGACCUGGAGUCGCUCCUCAGGGCUCUCAGCCUGAAUGAGGAGAACUUAGGGAACCGAAGGAUUCGAGUGGAUAUUGCAGACCAGUCAAAUGAUAAAGAAAGAGAUGGAGGCAUGGGAGGCAGAGACAGGGGUGGACGAAUGGCAGACAUGGGUCCUGACAAGACAGACAGUGACUGGAGAGCUCGCCCAAGUGCGGACAGUGAUGACGGACCUCCCAGGAGGGACGAUGCUUUUGGAGAAAGAUCACGCGACCGCUACGAGUCCGACCGUUACAGAGAAGGGUCACGGCGGGACGAUCGUUACGAUGGAGGAAGAGACCGCUACCGUGAUCGCUAUGAUGACAGGGACCGCAGGGAUCGCUAUGACGACAGAGGAGGCUUUGACUCCCGAGGUGGGGGAGGGCGCCGUGCCUUUGGAAGCAGCUUCCGUCGAGAUUACGAAGAUGGUCGAGGUAGUAAUGAUCGCUUCGGCGACAGAGAUCGUUAUGGCGACAGGGAAGACCGGUUCGAGAGACGAGAUGAAAGGCGUGAGGAGAGAGCCCCUCAGCAAAGACCCAAGUUGAAUUUGAAGCCCCGCAGUGUACCGAAAGAGGAGGAAGGUACCAGCAGCGGGGGUACAUCCCCAGCUGUCCCUCCAACCUCUGGAGGCAGGUCCUCGUCCAUAUUUGGGGGGGCAAAACCAGUUGACACCGCAGCCAAGGAGAGGGAGGUGGAGGAGAGGCUGAAGAAAGAGGAGGAGAGGCUGCAAAGACAACUUGAGGUGGACAAAAGCCGAGGACCUGAUAGAAAGAUGAGGGACCGGGACCCCAGCUGGCGCAAUGAGGAACCUCAUUCUGAGCGAUCUCGCACCGAGAGCGAGUCUUCACAGCCAGGAAGCACCUCUGGGAGAGGUUCAAGGUGCCUAGAUGGCGAACGGUCUGGGGAGAAUGAGGUUUUCUCUGGGAAAGAAGGGAAUUCUUCCCCUGGAUCCUCACCACGGCCGACCUCCACCAGCUCCUCAAAGGAGCCGCUGAAAGUGAUGCCUGCCCCUCCUCCCAAGGAGAAUGCCUGGGCCAAAAGAAGUGCUGUGAGUACAGGAUCCAGUGAGGGAGACAGUCGACCCCCGGUCUCUCCUGUCUCUCCGAGCAGUUCGGCUCCCCCCAAAUUCAGCUCCCCAAGUUCUGGAGAUGAAAGGGCGUCUGGAAAAGAUGAGAACAAGGCUGAUGGUGUUCGUCGGGACCGAGGGGCCCCACGGACACGAGGGGGGCCUGCAGGGCCUGGAGCUGGGCGGGGCCGAGGAGAGGUGCCCAACAAAGACAGAAAAAAGGAGGCAGACAGAAAGGACAACAAGCGAGAGUCCAGACCGCCUCCAGAGCCAAAGAGAUAUGAGGAAACCCCAAUCCCCAAAUUCAGCUCAGCCAGCAAAUACGCCGCUUUGCUAAUGGACGGAGACCAAGGAGACGACGCCGAGGACGUCGAGUAAAUGUCGAAGCCAGACCCGAAAGCUCAUCAAGAGGAGAAAAUGAUAAAACUCCAGAAAAAAAGAAAAAAAAUCUCACAUAGUCUACGU